AAGAGAGGAAGAGAUGGAAUCAAACGUCACCGCUGUGAGCACUGUGACAGAUCCUUCACAACAUCUGGAUAUUUGAAGAUUCAUCUGAGACUUCACACUGGAGAGAAACCGUACAGCUGUGACCAGUGUGGGAAAACUUUCACUGCAUCAGGUGCCCUAAAAAAACACCAACGUGUUCACACUGGAGAGAAACCACACAGGUGUGAACAGUGUGGAAAAACUUUUGCUGCACUAGAUAACCUAAAAACCCACCACCGUGUUCACACUGGAGAGAAACCGUACUGGUGUGAACAGUGUGGAAAAACUUUUGCUGCAUCAGGUCAACUAAAAACCCACCAACGUGUUCAUAAUGAAAAGAGACCAUACUGGUGUGAACAGUGUGGAAAAACUUUCACUCAAUCAGGUCACUUAAAAAUCCACCACCGUGUUCACACUGGAGAGAAACCGUAUUGGUGUGAGCAGUGUGGAAAAACUUUCUUUAAAUCAGGUGCCCUAAAAAUCCACCAACGUGUUCACACUGGAGAGAAACCGUACUGGUGUGAACAGUGUGGAAAAACUUUCUCUAAAUCAGGUGACCUAAAAAUCCACAGACGUGUUCACACUGGAGAGAAACCGUACAGCUGUGGCCAAUGUGGUAAUUCUUAUACCAACAGGAGAACUCUUAGAAGACACAAAUGUAUCCACAAAGCGUCAGUGUGACAUUUUCCACAGAGCCGAGCUAGCUGUUUCCUCCUGCCCUGAAUACAACCAGCUGUUAUCAUGUGACUGUGCAGGACUAACGUCAUGUGAUGACAGUUGAGGAAGUUUAAUUUGGAAAGAGCUGGAAAGCGUCAGUCCGGAGGGUUUAUCAGCCAAUAACAAAAUUAAAUUGGAGUAUCCAGGUUUCAACCAGUAGAGGGCAGUCACUGCAUUUUAUAGCACUAUGUGAGUCCAGAUUUGGACCUGAAUCCAUCAACAACUCUACUAAAUACCCAUACACGUUGGUUAUCAGCUGAAAUAAGAGGUUUGGGGGUUUAGUGAGUCUUUAAGGGCGCACUCACACUAUGCGAUCCGUACUGGGCACAGUUACCCCCCAAAGUUUGGUUCGUUUGACCAGUGUGAUCGUUUAAACUGGACUCUGGCACAGUACACGUGUAGUGUGAUCGCUAACCGUGCACGAGCACAGAACCCCGACACAAACCCCACUGUGCGGUGCAAAAGAGCGCUUUUUCUUUACAAAAUGACAGUUGAUAUUGACUUAACGCUCUUUACAGCAUGCUUACCGCAACAACCGAGCUGUGAUCUAAUGUUAACAUAGCUCUCCUUAUUAGCUAGGCUCCUCCUUUUUUGGGUCUCCGACAUUGACAGUUGUGUUGGACAAAUUUGUGCAGCGGUGUUGGAGAGAGAGAGAGCAUGGUGCUGCGCGAAUAUAUGCGCAGCACCAUGCGCUGCAAUCAACUACGAUUUUAAAUAGGCCUGGCCUGGUAAAAAAUCAUAUCAAUUAGGGUUGAAACGAUUCAUCGAUAAAAUUGAUUCAUAAAAUG